AUGAAAGUUCUUGCUGUGAUCGUCUGUCUCAGCCUGAUUUGUUACUAUACCGAGGCCGCAACGACAACGGACAAACCGACAGUGGAUCGGACGCGUAUCGCCCUGGCCAGCGGAACGUCCGAAUUGUUGGGGUAUCUGUUCCAUGUACUGUAUGGAAUUAUCGCGCUGCUCACAAUCAUUGCCCUGUUCUUGUUGAUUCUGGUCAUUAUGGGCCUCUUGCAAUGCCUAUGCAAAGACAAAUCAUAUUGCUAG